UGCCAGAGAGAUUUGAAGGAGUACAUAGUGCGUAAACUUGAGGAAUGGCUUCUGAACGGAGUGAAACCAACUCCACCACCACCACCACCACCAGUAAUUAUACAAACCAGUUCGUGCAGCCAGCGUGGCGCAUCGCGCUGUGGUCGGUGUUGUACAGCACUGUGCUCGCGGUGGCGGUUUUCGGAAACUUAAUCGUGAUUUGGAUUAUUUUGGCGCACAAGCGGAUGAGAACGGUCACCAAUUAUUUUCUGCUUAACUUGGCUUUCUCGGAUGUGUCCAUGGCUGCGUUCAACACGCUCAUCAACUUCAUAUACGCAGCGCACGGAGAGUGGUACUUUGGGGAAGUCUACUGCAGGUUUCACAACUUCUUCCCUGUCACCGCGGUGUUCGCCAGCAUCUACUGCAUGACAGCGAUAGCUAUUGACAGGUACAUGGCCAUCAUUCACCCCCUGAAGCCUCGUCUGUCAGCGAAAGCCACCAUGGGAGUCAUCGUGUGUAUCUGGAGUCUGGCCGUGGCCCUGGCUUUCCCUCUCUGCUACUUCUCCACCAUCCGAACUCUGCCCCGCAGGACCCUUUGCUACGUGGCCUGGCCUCGCAUGGCAGACGAUUCCUUCAUGUAUCAUAUCAUAGUGACAGUUCUGGUCUACGUGCUGCCUUUAGCGGUGAUGGGCAUCACCUACACCAUCGUGGGGGUGACUCUAUGGGGAGGAGAAAUCCCAGGAGACUCGUCUGACAACUAUCAUGAACAGCUCAGGGCUAAACGGAAGGUGGUGAAGAUGAUGAUCAUCGUGGUGGUGACCUUUGCCCUCUGCUGGCUGCCUUAUCACGUCUACUUCAUUGUGACAGGUCUCAACAAGAGUCUGAGCAAGUGGAAGUACAUCCAACAGGUUUACCUGUCAGUGCUGUGGCUGGCAAUGAGCUCCACCAUGUAUAACCCUAUCAUCUAUUGCUGCCUCAACAGCAGGUUUAGGGCUGGUUUUAAGCAUGCUUUCCGCUGGUGUCCCUUCGUGCGGGUCUCUUCCUAUGAUGAGCUGGAGCUUCGAAACACAAGACUUCGACCGGGGAACCAGAGCAGCAUGUGCACCUUCUCUCGGGUCGACACCAGCAUCCUCAGCAAAGACAAGAGCCUUUGUUCCCGUGGAAACAGGUCGAGACUCAACAACAGAAACAGUUAGCAGUCUUACAAGCUGAAUGUUUGGGAGGGUUUGUUGACUGUUUUGUUGAGCUGACAAAUCCUGAUAUUAUUGUCUUUUGUUUUUACUCAAAGAGCUGCUCAAUAUUGAUCAACCCUUUUGGUGUUUUAAAAAUUCACAAUUUUAUGUUACACAAGCAAGUUUUAAACCAGUAGAGGGAGCAGGAGUUCCUGUCUCCCGUGUACAAAAAAAACAAAAAACUGGCUUUAAAUAAUUUCCCUUUAUCAUCACAAAUUAACAUCUUUAAUAUUUUAGCAUUGUCAGCUAAUGAUGGUGAUAUGUAAAUCCAUUCACACACUGCAAACAUGAACAGCUGACAGCCUAUCUAAACUGGCAUACUGUUUAUGGUGCUGAAUUACCAAACUGUGAACAAAUACAGGCUGAAGAAAGAGGCUGUAGUUGUAGUCCACACGAACACAUAAUCCAGGACAUCCAUGUUUGCACAGGGUCUGCAAUUCUCUAUAACUGAGUGAGGCAUUCACACAGUGGUUCCAUUUCAGCACAGUUAAUUCAAGAAAACUGAAUUGAUUGUUAAUCAGUACGAUUAAUGAAUACAUUUUUUUGUGAUUCUGUUAUUUAUGAAAAAAAUAUCUCUUUACAUUGGUGAUUUCACGUCUUAAGUGUAUUUGCAGUAAGUGGGUCUGUUUCUGACUAAAUAUAUACGAGGCAAGAUACAGUUUCUCUGAACCCCUAAAAGGUUCUACGUUCUUGGACUUAAUUCCUUUAACUUUGAUAAACUACAACUUUAUCCUGACUAUUAUCAUGUCUAGUAAAUUAAUUUGAAAUGCCUCUCAUCUUAAUUUGAAUUCCUUUAUCGACUGAUAAUGCCUGACUGAGCUCAUUGUGAAUCAUCUUGUCUUUAUGAUUAUUGCUUUCUGGGAUAUCUCCACAUGAUGCUGAGUCAGCGUCAUGAACUAAACACUGUAAGCUGCUUUUGACAUUUUGUUUAAUGUUACGUGUCACUGUUAUAUAACAUUGUCGCAGCUGCAUUUGAUGAAAAACUAUAGUCAUAUAUUUAAUGCCAGUAUUAAUGCUGCUUAGUCAGCAGUAAUGCUCUUAAAUCUGUCCAAGGACAGUACAAUUAUAUGAUAUUGGCUGAAUAUUUCCUGAACUUAAGACAGAAUGUAAUUUCACAAGUGCUUAAAGCUGUAAAUGUUGUAAGUUAGAGAAAUCAUGUGCCAUUUAAAAGUUAUCUUUAUGGGGACUGCUUAUAAGAGUCACUGUUCACUGUUAGUGUGAUUCUGAAAGUGUACAGAUGUGUAAAAUAUUCUGACAUUUUGAUGCAAAGUCAGCACAAAGACACUAAUCAUGUAGCUGUUAAGAGAAUAAUUGUUAAAUGUUCUUGUAUUAUGAUGUAAAAAAGCAUAAA